AGAUGGUGACGAAGUAGAAGGUGACGACGAGGAAGAGAACGAAGAAGAAAAUGAAAUUCCUUUAGCAUGGCCCAAGAGUGACGAUUGCGAGCUCUUCAAGCGUAUCCGAAAAGCUUGUCCAAAAGAUGAUGCCAUGAAGUACGAAUCGCGUGUCAACCAUUUGAACUGGGAAUCUAUUAAAUUUCAAGAUUAUUCUGCAGAAGAGUGUAAAAAUCGGUGGUUACAUGUUCAAACUCAUAUGAGGAAUUAUCGGAUCCUUGCCGAAGUGUUAGAAGAUGCUGAAUCGUGGGUAGAUGGACCAUGUUAUAAUAACUUAAACAAAAGAAGAAAGAAUAACCAGAAGCAUCCUGAUGAUCAGCCUAAAAAGCCAAGAACUUCCUCCAUGUUGCCUUCCAUGGAACAAAAAGAUGCUGUUUUGGAGAAGCCAUCUGGUCUGGAAGUGAAAAAUGAAAUGGCUCCAAAAACACUGAUAUCCCCUACUUUGGCGACCUCCAGUAGUCAAUUGUUAUUCAAAGCAGGAAAGAAGACUGAACCACUUAAAUCACCAAUGAGUGCUGCUGCUUAUUACGAUAUGACGCAUCCGUCCAGAUUAGGUCAACGUACUCCUGAUCAAAUCGAUUAUGUUUGGUCAAUGUUGUCUGUGGAAAAGAUGAAGAAGUGGAUUGAAGAGCACUCAAAGAACUAUGAAGAUUAUGUUUUGGAUAUGGGCGAAUUCGCCGGGUCAUUGAAGCCAGCCGAACGUAAAUUUUUCCGCACAUUUAUGAAGAAUCGAGCUGGAGGUCUGGAAGAUGGAGAUAGAAAUAGUAAAUCCAACUUCCACAUCUUUAAAAUCCUUAGAGGAUUUUUUAAAGACAACAUUAUUUUACAAGCAGAGAAGAUUAAUCUUUCACAUGAAGGCUAUGCAAAACUAACAACUGAACUCAAUCAAGGGAUUGAUGACACCGUCACUCCACUCUGCAUUUUAGAAGUUGUACAGUCUUUAGUUGAUUGCUUCAACUUGGAUCCGAAUCGGGUGUUACAUGUGAUUAUGGAAUCAUUUGAAUGUCGGCCGCAGCUUCACAGUCGUAUUUUUGUUCCACUGAUUUGCUCGUACAUGUCAGAUUCGUCGACUUUGUGUGAAGUCUUAGGGUUCAAGUUUACUUCAUUCGACCCGUCUUCUACACCAAAAUCUCUUUUCGUCAUCACUACUCUUUUAUUGCAGCAUGGAGUCAUUCAUCUUGAAGGUAUUUAUCGUUGGCUUACGCCUGAAGACAGCGAAAUUGACGAAUCCGCCGCUAAAGAAUUAGCAGACGCAAAAGAGUAUGCUCGUAGAAUGGAUAUCAUCGCUGUUCCAAAAGAAGACGAAAAAAUUGAAGAAUUGAUUGAAGAAAGGGCACCUUAUAAUCGGAAAUUUGUACUGUGUGAAGCUCUUCUUUCAGUGGGAGCUUGGGAUCAAGCCUCUUCUCUUCUUAAACGUCAUCCAAAGCAUUUCGUCACAUCUUAUCGACCCAUCUCGAGCAGUAUCUGCAAACUGGUCGACUACGUAACUGAACCGGUGUAUCGCACUCGAUGCUGCAUAUCUCCAGAACUUUCUGGCAAACCAGUUUUACCUGUCGGUGUAUGGAACUUCCCCAAGACAGCCAAGGAAAUGAAGGAGUUGAGAAAAACUGCUUUCCCCAUGCUACUCUCUUUGGGACCCCAUUUGUAUAACGAUCCUAUCCUCCUGCACAAGUUAAUCCGUUUGUGCAAUGCUGCGUUAGAUGAUUGUGGCUUGAACAGUUCAAAGAAACCUCCGCAAGACCCGGAUUCGCUGUACUUUGACGUUUGUACACUGUUUGAUGUUGUAAUAUUGCCAUCACUUGCCCUCAUGGAAUCGAAUAGCAGUGUGGAAGAAGAAAUCUGGAAUGUUUUGAAGAAAUUGCCUUAUGAGCACCGUCAUCGUCGGUAUGCCCUUUGGAGGAACGACACGUUUCAGAGCCAUUCUUUGCUCAUCCGCCGCAAAGUAGACUGCGUUAAACGCAUCAAGGACAUCAUGGAGCGUAUGAGCAAGGAUAACGUCAAGCCCACGGGUCGAGUGCUUGGCAAGCUUAGUCACAGCUGCCCUGGCUUUCUUUUUGACUACAUUUUGUCCCAAAUUCAAAUCUACGACAACCUGAUUGGCCCUCUUGUGGAUUCACUCAAGUACCUCACAAACCUUUCGUAUGAUGUUCUUGGUUAUUGCGUUUUGGAAGCACUUUCGAACCCAGACAAGGAGCGCACCAACCCUGAUGGAACUACCAUCUCUAUGUGGCUGACGGCCCUUUCCGCCUUUUGUGGAGCCAUUUGGGGCAUCGAAGCGUCCGAGGAAAUGACAAAGGAACACAUGGAAGCAAUGCAAGGCGGUGAGCUAUUAAGAGCUGAAGUUGCUCAUUUUGGACAGGUUCGGGUUACCAAGAAAGUUGCCCAGCGUUUAAAGGAAACAUUGCUCGAAUACAAUUUGGCCAUAUCCCUCUGUCAUGUUAUCGCACAGCAACGCUGCAAAUCGAGCCAAUGCCUUGAAAAUCGAAAAACAGAGAAUAAUCAUCUAAAGUUGGAUGGUAAACUAUACGACCAAUGUCAAGAUACGCUCGUUCAGCUUGGAACAUUCUUGGCUUUGAAUAUGAGUGACGACGAUUAUUAUAGACGCACACUCCUGAGCGAAUUCCGACCUCCAUGGUCACAAUUAGAAUCAUGGCUCUCCGAAUGCCAUAACCAUGCUGAUGUCGCAUUUUUUCUGGCACGACCAAUGUUUUCUCAUUCGAUCAAUUCCAAAUACGAUGAAUUGCGGCGUGCUGAAGAGAAUUUACUUCCGGCCCAGAAUACUCAAAAGUCUUUAGAGGACCGAGUUUGGGAGGAUCUAUCUCCUCAAUUUUUUGCCACUUUUUGGUCGCUGACGGUCUACGAUUUGUCAGUGCCAAAUGCUGCCUGCGAACGUGAAGUGCAACGCCUGAAGGUAGCCAUUCAACAGACAAAUGAAAAUCGUGAUCUGUCAGCCAUUAAACAGAAGAACGAGUUGGAUCGCUGUAAGGCUUUGAUGGACAAUCUUCUGGAAGAAGAAAAGAAACAGAAAGACCACAAUGAACGUAUCAUGGCGCUAUUAAAACAAGAAAAAGACAGCUGGUUUCUCUGUCAGGUGGCUAAAUUAUCAAAAACGGAGACGAUCACCCCGUUUCUUCAACACUGUCUUUUUCCUCGCUGCGUUUUCACCGCGACAGAUGCCUUAUUUUGCGCUCGCUUUGUACAGCUUAUGCACAAUUUGAAAACACCAAACUUUUCAACGCUAAAUUGCUACGAUCUCAUCUUUUGUGAUAUAACAUGGAAAGGCACUAUGACUUCAUAUUCGGAAAACGAGGCAAAUCGUUAUGGACGCUUUUUGUGUGCCAUGCUCGAAACUGUAAUGCAUUGGCACUCAAGCAAAAAAAUAUUUGACGAAGCAAUUGUUCUGGAUUCGUUACCAAAUUUCGCCUCGGCGAACAGCCUCCGGAAAAAAACGAUCACGUUGACUUUGAAAUCUAUCGUGAUAUUGUUCACAAGUGGCACUACAAUUAAGAUUGCCAUAGCGCUAGUUGUAUAUCUGAAAUCAAAAGACUAUGUCCAGAUUCGAAAUGCACUGAUCGUCCUAAUACGCAUCUUGCCAUUCUUCCCCGUUAUCACGCCUCUUGUCGGGUUCAUUGAUCGAAAUGUCGAAGUAGUACGCCGUGAGCAACGAGUCACGCGACAGGAUUUAUCAGCGAUGGCUAUUUCAUAUGGUGGUCAAUUAAAGAACAAAAAAACGUCAAUUCCAGAACAUGAAUUCCAUCUGGCGACGAGGAAACCUUAG